AUGGCUUUUGUUUGCCUUAUUGUAAAAGCAUCUACAUCAAUUUUAACACCAAGUAAUAUAUCAGCUGAUUCAUUCGAAGAUAUAUUUGAAGGAAUUGUCGAAAGAUUCAAAAAUCAUAAUUUCGUCAGCGGCGCAGUCUCAGUCAAUUAUAAUGGAAAGAACAUAUUUGAAAGCAUCAAAGGUUUUUCUGACAUCUCUAAACAAACUAAAGCAAAUCGAGAAACCCUAUACCAUUGGUCAUCUAUUAGCUCAGUUUUGGCACAUGUGUCAAUUAUGCAACUAUAUGAGGAAGGCAAGCUCAAUCUAACUGAUGAUAUCAAGAAAUACUUAGGAAAAAAAUUUUUCAAACGACUUUCAUACAAUGAUACUAUUAGAAUCAUCAAUCUAAUGAACCAUGAUACAGGCUGGGAUGAGACUGCAGAAAAAUCAAUUGUUCAUGGAAAUAAAAUUAAAGUAAACCUAGAAAAUGUCAUCAGAAAAAACGAACCUCAACAAUUUUGUCGACCAGGAACAUUCGUGUCAUUUUCUGAUUAUGGAGUUGCAGUUGAAGGUCUUAUCGUUGAGAAAGUUUCUAAGAUGAAGUAUUGGAAAUAUGUUCGUAUGAACAUACUCAAAAGGCUGGGUAUGAAUAUGACUUCUGUUGAUCCUCAAAGGAAUGAUAUCUCCGAAGAUAUGCUCAGAAACAUGGCAAAACCAUAUGCUCUUCAAAAUGAAGAUAUGAGAAUCAUUGAGACAGAGAUCUUUUCGAACCAAUUUUAUCCAUCUGGAUCAGUUAUAUCAACAAUAUCUGACAUGUCCAAAUUUGUUGACUCAUUGAUCUGGAAGGAAGGGACAAAUAACAUUUUUAAGAAUAAGGAAACAUAUAUUGAGUUUUACAAUAUAUCGAAAGAAUCGGCUAGAAUAUCUCAUGGAUUGUUCCAACAAAUCUAUUCAGACAAGAUAAUUGGAUAUGACCAUCAAGGAAAAACAAUUGGAUAUACAGCAUUCAUGUCAAUACUUCCAGAUCAGGGCUUUAGUUACGUCGGAGUUUCUAAUAUCCAAGAUGAUUUCGUUAUUUCCAGAGCAUUCCAUCGUAAGCUCUGGGGAAUCUACGUACCAAAGACUGAUAUAAACAUAUCAUCAAAUCUAUCUGGUAAAUAUCGGCCUACAGCAAUUGUUCAUCGAGGAUUUUUCAUGAGACAUGACUUAGAUAAAAUAUAUUCUCUCGAUGUUUUAGAACGUAACAAUCAAUUCUCUUUUCGUGGGGAAAUAUAUAGCAUUUCUGAAUUUAAUCUAUUCACAAACAAUGCAUCAUCAAAUGGUUCAUAUAUUGGAAAAUAUCAAAUCAGAUUCAUAAAAGAUUCUAAUCUUACUAUCAUUGGAUUAUGCAAUUUCGAUGAAUGUUAUGAAAAAGUCAAUGAAAUCAAUAAAUAUGAAAUACCACUAGUGAUAUAUAUUUUUGAAAUAUUUAUCAUAACAACAUCUUGGAUAUUCUUCAUUGGGGAAUUAAAUCAUAGAACAAACACAUGCUUUUGCUUCAAGCAAAUAAUUAUAAUGUUAAUGAUACUUCUCAUUUGCACUUUAUCAUUCAUAACAAACAUAAAUCUUUUGAAAAAUAGAAUAUGUAUCAGAACAACUGCCAUGAAUGUUAUUUAUAUAUUAAUAUUUAUAAUAUGCUGCGAAGUUAUAUUAUCAUUAGUUUAUUUUUCAUUAUUCAUUAUCGAUUUCACUAAAGUAGCGGAUCCUAAAUACAAGUCUCCAAUAGGUUCUUUAAUUGAUUUCAUAAUGUUUUCCAUCGAUUAUGAUCCUAAUGAUAAUGUUGAUAUUUUUGAUAAGGACGAAGAUUUAUGCAGUGAAGAUUUAUGUGAAAUUGAUAUCUUGAUUUUUUUAUCUUGCAUUUUCUGCAUAUUUUAUCAUGUUAGAAUGCUAAUUGUAAAUGAAGCAAUAUAUUUAUAA